GCGCCGGCCCCGCCCCUGGGAUAAGGGGAGCCACGCGCGGCUCGGCCGCCUCUUUUCCGCCGCGCGCUCCAAGAUGGCGGACACGCAGACCGAGCGGGCCUAUCAGAAGCAGCCCACCAUCUUCCAGAACAAGAAGCGGGUGCUGCUGGGCGAGGGUGGGAAGGAGAAGCUUCCCCGCUACUAUAAAAACAUCGGCCUGGGCUUCAAGACUCCCAAGGAGGCGAUUGAGGGCACCUACAUCGACAAGAAGUGUCCCUUCACUGGUAAUGUCUCUAUCCGGGGACGAAUCCUAUCAGGUGUGGUUACUAAGAUGAAGAUGCAACGCACCAUCGUCAUCCGGCGGGACUACCUGCACUACAUCCGCAAGUACAACCGCUUCGAGAAACGCCACAAGAACAUGUCCGUGCACCUCUCCCCCUGCUUCAGGGAUGUCCAGAUCGGAGACAUUGUCACCGUGGGAGAGUGCCGUCCCCUCAGCAAGACUGUCCGGUUCAACGUCCUCAAAGUCACAAAGGCUGCCGGUACCAAGAAGCAAUUCCAGAAGUUUUAAGGACGACGUAUGGAAGAUGCCGAGGGCAAAUAAAACUUUUGUAAAAACGUA